UGUCGUCUUUUAGGUCGAACAGAGACAAGUCAAUAGUAAAUUGGAAAUAACUACUUAUGAUGCAAAAAGUGUUCAUAAUAUAGAGAUCAGAAAAUGUUUCAGUUCUAAUAAAUAUUACAUUCAUCUUAUGCUUAGAUCUUUAUUAUAGUAACCAUCAUAUAUUGUCAUAUAUAAAAACAAAACAAACACGUUGUCAGUAUUGACAUAUCAAGGGAAUGACUUGUCAUUACGUUUUAACUCGACUAUUCGAAGACAAAGUAGAACUAUUGGAUUCACCCGUACGUCGGAGUUGGCGUUCAAGUUUGGUUUACCUUUUAGCUCGAUUUUUCGAAGAAUAGUCCGAGCUUUUCUACUUACCCUGGCGUAGGUUUCGGCGUCGGCGUAGUCGUCACACGUUGGUUAAAGUUUUGUAUGGAAAUGGCGAAUGAGACAGAUCCUAUGAUUGGGGUUGGAAGUGAAACAGAGAAUAGUCAUGAAAUGCACACGAUCGAAGAAAACGUUACAAAGAAUACAGAAGAACGACAAGCCUCAAAUGGUGCUAACUACAUUCUAGAUUGUGUGAAAAAGAGUCCAAUAGAUAUAGACACACUGAAAGAGUUCAUUAAAUCUGGUGCAGAUGUAAAUUCUUACGACAAGAAUGACAAGAGAACGGCUUUGCAUGAGGCUGCCUUGAAAGGAGAAGAAGAAGUUGUCGAUUUGUUGCUGAAAGCCGGAGCUCAUAUUAAAUUUAAAGAUACCGGUGAAAAUACUGCACUACAUUUUGCUGUACAAAGUGGUUCGGAAAAAGCCUGUAUGUAUUCAACGUCUCUCCCCCAAGGGUAG